CGUACCCUUUCUUACUUCCCCUUCCCCCUGUUUCACUACACUUAGUACCACCUUCACUCAACACAACUUCAUAAAACGGUCGAUACAACCAAACAUUAACUUCGUUUCAACAAACACAUGUCUCACUCACUCUCUACUUUUCGACUCUUCAAACCAUAACCAUCUUCAAUUUAAACUAUAAAGUUUUUUGCCAAAAGAAUCUGACAUUAUUGAAGCUCAGGGUUUGCAAGCAUAGCAAGGGUGCAUUCAUAUUUCAAGGUGUGAGGCCCAAAUUAUUCACCCGUUUUCCCUUUACUGGAUUGGAGGAAGUUAAGCUAUGCAGACCCCAAAGACAAGAAGUGGCUCUUCUGAAGUGCCACACAAGGUUUCUCCACGUUCUAUACGCCAACUCAAGACAACUACUAGACUAGACAUUGAUUCUGUAUCUUCUUCUUCUUCUUCAAGUCAAGCUAAUAAUACUAAAAUAUCAAAGGAAAGAAGUCCCAAAGUUAUUGAUCGUAGAUCACCCAGAAGCCCAGUUCCUGAGAGGAAGCGACCUAGCCGAAUAUCUGAAUUGGAAUCUCAAAUUUCACAACUUCAAGAUGAAUUAAAGAAGGUGAAGGACCAGCUUAUUUUAUCUGAAUCAUCCAAGAAAAAAUCUCAGCAAGAUGCUGAGGAAUCCAAGGAGAAACUCUUAACACUAUCCGCAAAACUCGAAGAGUCUCAAAACCAAUAUAUAGAGCUUGUUGCUACCGGAGAAGCUCGCGAUGUCGAGCUCCAGAUAAUCGAAGAAGAACGCGGUCGGGCCUGGCAAUCCGAACUCGAGUCCUCCCAACAGCAUCUCUCAGUUGACUCAACUGCAUUGGCUUCUGCAGUGAAUGAAAUUCAGCUUCUCAAAGAACAACUUGAAUUAGUAGCUAAUUGUGGAAGUGUUCUUCAAACUCAAUACACAGAAUCGGCAGAUAAAGAGCUACUAAACUUGAAGCAAAACUUAUCAGAAACUCUUUCUCUGAUGGAGUACAUGAAAAACCAGCUCAAAAUUUCCAAAGAAUCUGAAGGUGAGGCUCAAGCUUUUGUAGAUGAAACUUCGUUGCAACUCGAGGCUGCAAAAAGAACUGUUGAUAUUCUAAGGGCUGACGUUGCGAAAGAUGUAGAUGGAUACAACUCCAUUGCUUUGGAGUUAGACCAAUCUAGAGAAAGGGUGAACACAUUAGGGAAACUUGUUAGCAAACUUAAGAUCGAUAUCAAUGAUAAUGAAUCGAUUCGUUCUGAGUAUUUUGUGGAGGAUCACAAAUUUGUUGAAGAAGGAGAGGAUCCUAAUCAGAUUAAAGAAGAGAUUUGUUCUUUGAAAUCCGAGGUUGGACAGCUGAGAUCUGCUAUAGAGGCGGCCGAGACUAAACACAAAGAAGAACAGAUUGAAAGCACGACGCAGAUAAGAAAAGCGUACGAGUUGAUGGAGCAGAUAAAAUCUGAAUCAAGUCGGAGACAAUGUGAAUUGGAGGCUGAAUUACAAAGAACAAAAACCAAUAUCGAAGAGUUGAAGGCGAAUCUAAUGGACAAAGAAACCGAGUUGCAAGGUAUCAUGGAAGAGAAUGAGAAUUUGAAUUUGAAGCUUGAAAAUAUCAUGAUGUCUCAAAAGGAAAGUGGAUUUAGAAAAGAAAUUAAAAAGUUAGAAGAAUGUGUUGCUGAAUUGAAAGCUGAUAUGAUGGACAAAGAAACAACAUUGCAAAGCAUAUCAGAAGAGAAUGAGAUGCUGAAGUUAGAAAUCAGCAAAAGUUGUGGCAAAGUGAGAGAAGAAAUAGAAGAAGCUAAGGCUGCAGAGCGCGAGGCGGUAGCAAAACUCGGGAUUGUGAUGGAGGAAGUUGACAGAAGCAACCGAAAGGCGGCGAGGGUGACUGAGCAGUUAGAAGCGACACAAUCAGCGAGCUCGGAAAUGGAAGCAGAACUUAGAAGGCUUAAGGUACAGUCUGAUCAAUGGAGGAAGGCUGCGGAGGCGGCUGCUGCUAUGCUUUCGGCCGGAAACAAUGGGAAGUUAACUGAGAGAACUGUGUCUUUGGAUAAUAGCUUUAAGUGCUCACCUUAUGCUGAAGAUAUUGAUGAUGAUUUUCAGAGAAAGAAAAAUGGUAAUGUGUUGAAGAAGUUUGGAGUGUUAUGGAAGAAACCUCAAAAAUAGUGACUUGUUGAUUCAUAACUUUAUAUGUUGUUAUGAUUUUGUGUUAUGUGUUUUUCUAAUGUUUAUGUUUUUUUGCAAUUGUGUAGACUCACAUUUGUAUUGUUGCAUUGUAAAUCUGUAUGUGACUGAAGACUGUUUGUUAUCUCUUACUUGAAAAAUUGGCAUUUAGCUUUUGAAUGAAUUAAGAUAUCUUUGCAUAA